GACCGCGCUCUCAGUCCGCGUCGACUCUCCGAUAGGGCCACACCGAUGGUAAGACGGGCGUCGGAUGCUAGACGCGGCGUCUCAGGCGGGUGCAACGAGUGGCACGCGUGGCGCGCGAGUGUGCGCGCACGUGCCGCGCCGGCACACGCGGUGGCGGCGCUCGGGGCGCGCUCGUCGCGCGGCUCGCCCGGCGAGCGCCCGCCUGGCGCGAGUGGCGCGCAGUACCGCGGCGGCGGGCGAGGAGCACAGAGCGCCGCACGCGCCGACAUGCGACGUUAGCGGGAGCAUGCGGCUGCCCCUGCUGCCGCUGCUCGUGCUGCCGCUCGUGCUCGUGCGCCCGGCAGCAGCCGGGAUCUGCUGGUCGGGAAUGGAGCGCGGCGGACGAUGCAGCUCUGUGGCGGCGCUACGCGUGGGUCGCGCGGAGUGCUGCUCGGGCGGCGCACGCGCACCCGCAGCCUGGAGCCCGCGUGACCUGGACAGUGGAGAAAUAUUCUUCUAUAAAGCUUUAUCUGGAGGUGUACCGUGUACAGCUUGUGCUGAAUCUUGUGCGGGUGUAUCGUGUGGUGCGGGGCGGCGGUGCGUGGUGCGCAGAGGGCGAGCGCGGUGCGUCUGCGCAGCGACGUGCAGGCGCGCUGGGCCUGUUUGCGGCAGCGACGGCAAGACGUACCGCUCAUUGUGCCGCUUGCGCCGUCGAGCCUGCCGCCGCCCCGCUAAGCACCUCACUCUCGAUUAUCCGGGCCCUUGCCGAGUCGGAAGCUGUGAAGGAGUGCGCUGUGGAGGCGACAAGCGCUGCGUGCUAGACGCUGAACUCGGAGCGCAUUGUGUGCGAUGCGGUGCCUGCAGUGUCGCAGGGGCACCCGUUUGCGCGGUGGAUGGACGCACGUACGCUGGUGCGUGUGCGUUGAGAAAAGCGGCGUGCGAACGCGGUAAAGCAUUGCCUCUCGCCUACAAGGGAUCCUGUAUGGCGAACGCGACCUGCGCGCGAGUGCGGUGUGGCGCGGGGCAGCGCUGCGUGUCGGGCGGGGCGAGCGGCGCGCGCUGCGUGUCGUGCGGCGCGUGCGGCGGCGGCGCGCGCCGCCCGCUGUGCGGCUCCGACGCGCGCACCUACGCCUCGUGGUGUCGGCUGCAGCGCGCUGCGUGCCACGCCGGGACCGUCGUCGACCCCAUGCACCCUGGACCUUGCAAAGGAAACAAAAAUAUAACGGACAAUAGUGUGACCGACGAGAAAAAUGGCGAGGAUACAGACACAUCACGAGUCCUAUAGUCAUGGACUCAGAAUUAGCACUGCAGUGUUUAGAUAACUUUGUAGAAUAAGUUGAUUCGUCUCUUGUUAGGACAAAUAUCUCCAAGCAUGUACUCAGUGUUAAAACGCUAUGUAGAAGACUGCGUUUGGAACCAGAAUUUACGAGUCUCUUAGGGUUAGGAUAUAGCCAUACUGAAACAAUCGACGUUUUUAGUUCUGAGUAGAAACAUGAUUUCGAAAGAUUAAAUUAGUAAAUUCGAUACAAAAAGUCUGAUAAAAAAAAAUACAUUAUAUCUAAUGUUUUUUAAAACGAAGUUGAAAGUCGAUUAAAACAAGAAAUUGGUGAUAAAUUAAAGAAUUGGUGAAAAAAUUUGAAUUCGUUAAAUACAUAAGAGUCCGACCUAACCUGAAGACCAGAGUAUUAGUUUUAUAAGAAUGGUCGAGUCAUUGAGCCAGUUCAUCCGAACGAAAACUGUUCGUAGUUACUUAUAGUAAGGUUUAGGAAAAUUCUUGACCUUGUUGCACAUUUUUCGACUUUUGUAGAUAAAUAAUAUGUCUAUAGUAAUUAAUGAUUAACACUUUACAUUAUUAAAGUUGAGCACCAAAUUGUACUUAAUAUUUAGUCAAAACGUUAUGCAUAGAACUGUAGUUAGCACAAUAUUUGGUAUAUUGUAGGUAUUUCUAUUCUAGAAAAUCCUAAAUUGCGUCUUGUUGACGUUUUUACGACGAAGCUCGUAGAUUGAAAUAACUUACUAUUUUUGACUGACAUUUGUUCUUAAAAUUUUAAUAACUUUUAGUAGUUUAAGAUUUAAUUUUACUUCACGUAAUGUGGUUUUAACGCUUAUGCAAUAUUUAUUAUUAAGUUAUGAAGUUUUAGUGCAAUAAUGUUAUUGAAAAUUGUGUGAAAUUUAUGUUUACGUGUUUUGUUUUGUUUUAAUUUUUAUAUACGAACGUGCGUCACUGGAUCAGAAAAUUUUAAUUCGAUCAUUUAAAAAGAACAUUUUAAAUACUUAUUUCAGUAUUAUGUCUAUGUAAGAUCUUUAGAAUUUAAUUUUUAUUUUCGAAACGUUUUCUAAUGAAAUUAGGUGACUUUAUAGACUGUAGAUAAAAAGUAAUUUAUUGUUACUUUUAAAUUGUUUCCAAAAUGUUUCCAAGUAUAAUUUGUAUGGAUGUCAGUUGUGAAUAUAUCGAAUCGAACUAAUGUGUGAUGAAUGUCACUCGAAAAAUUGAGUUUCUGGACGUCCUGCUUAGCUUUAAAUAGUUUACAAUUUGAUUUCUUUAAUAUAGAAUAUUAGUCCACUUAAGUAAUUAAUAUUUAAGUUUUAUUUAGUGUCAUAAUGUGUUUAAUUUUUACGUUAUUUAAAUUUUUUUACGUAAAACUAUCUGUAAGAUCUCAGAUACACAUACCUAUUAGAUCAAAGAAAAUCGAAAAUUAAAAUAGGUUUAUAUAACUUAAUUUGAUAUUUCUUAUAUUAUUUUCAUUUCAUGUGUUGAAUUUUAAAUAUUUUACAAACCAUAUUUCGUUGAUUUCGACUGCAUGCUGCAGUAAUUUACUAAAAGCGAAUAAAACGAGCUUAAAUAAAUUAAAAUAAUCAAGUGAUCUUGCCAGCUGAGUACUUUUAAAUUCAAGUUUUAAAUAUUAUGAUGAAUAAAGUUGAAAUACAUUAUGCAGGUUUGCAGUCGAAAUGAAUUGCACUGAAAUGUAACGAUGACCUAAUUCUGUGAAACAUGUUGAGUAUAUUUUAAUAUUAUUAUUUUGUAUUCUCGCUUAUAAAGUAAUAUUUAUACACUCUCAUAUUGUGGACUAUAUAUUUUUAAUACUUAACUAUUUUAUAUUAACAUACGACUUUGCUCUUGUCAAUUAUUUUCUUUAUGUAUGCGUAAACAUUUAGUCGUAGUUCUGUUCCUUAUACGUAACAUUAAAACCUUUUUAUGAAAUAUGGGACAGAUUAAAAAAAUCGUAGAUAAAUUUUUCAAAGCACAGUUUUAAAGUUUACGCAUACACAUUAAACGAUUGUUAACUGUACUACUACAUAUUAUUGUUGUAGUUGAACCACUAAAUUGUUGUAGUUAACUCAUUCAAACAUUAUAGAUAAUGUAUAAUAUAUUGUCCUUGUUUCUUCAUAAAUAUUUUACAUGAAA